AUGGUUCUAGUGUUUAUCAUUUUUGUAAUUUCUCUGACUUCCGCGACGUACGACGUUAGAGAUGAGUCAGCGUUCAAAAUUACUUGGUCGGUUGACCGUAGUCUAUCAGAGGCUGAACGCAAGUCUGUACAGUUAAGUACCACACAUGGGGAAAAAUAUCACUGUUUUCUUCCCCUUAUUGCUAGCACGGAGUAUAAAGUGACAGACUCUCCAAAUUCUACUGCUGAUUUAUUUGAAGCUAUGAAAAAACUGUUCAAAUCCCACAUUUGCUACACCCGCUCUGAAACUUACUGGAACUAUGAAUUAUGCCACGGAACACAUAUUCGUCAGUUCCAUGAAGAACUCCUACCAGAUAAGAGCAGCAAAACUCAGGAAUAUUUUCUUGGUUAUUUCUCUGAUCCUGAUUACCCCCAGUUUGAGACUAACUCCCGCCAGCCUCCGACUAUUCUUCUCGGCGAAUCUAUGUAUCCCUACCUUUUGGUUAACUUUACUAACGGCACCCCAUGUGAUCUCACUAACUUCUACCGUAUGAGCUCUGUCUUGUAUGUCUGCAUCGAAGAAGAGGAGGGAAGAAUAAUUCAGGUUUCUGAGGUCGAAUCCUGUCAUUAUCAGUUGGUGUUCGCCACGAGACACCUCUGCGGGCAUCCGUCUUUUAAGCUACCCAAAAAGUCUGCGGCCUCAGUUCCUUGCUUACCUCAUGGCACCUCCCCACAAAAACCUACUAUACUGACUGAAUUUGAGAAGGAACAGAGACAGCUGACAAAUUUCGGUGCAUCAUCUGUGGCGGCUCUCUUCGAUAAUUUGGGCUUCUCAAAUAUUAAGGUGGAGACCGAGAGGAAGAACAACAUGAUUGUUUAUCGGAUCCGAACAGACACUUCCUCUGGAAGCAACUCUGAACCAAGUGGACCGCCAUUAACUCCGGGCUCCAGGGAUAGCUCCACAGAAGCUCAACAGCAUCAGCCAUCUAGCUCACCGGCCUCCAUGGAUCGUUCUUCGCUUGAUUCCCUUGCUAGAAUGCGGAUCAAGAUGUUCGAAGGUGCGGACCCCGCUUCGGUUCAUGAGGCCAAUCGAGAACAGCUUCGUGCUUUCCUUAAAAGUCAGUUCUGUCUAGUUGGCCAAACUGCAGGUUGGUGGACACACGAAAUUUGUUUCAAGAGGAAUGUCACUCAGUAUCAUAGCGAGAAGCAAGGCGAACGCUCACAAGUAGUGUUGCUUGGUCGUUGGGACCCCGAGGCUCACUCUGCCUGGCUAUCACAGCAAAGUACAUUGGACAGACCUAAGGCUGGCACUACCUUCAACUAGAGACUGCCGUUGACCUCCCAGAUGCUGCCAUCGUUACAUGUAACUCGUCCAUCAAACCAAGAGCCACCUUUUGCAUUGGUUCUUUUAAGCUCCGCACUCUGGGUCAAACUGGCCGACAGGAAGCACCAUCACUAUUCACUAUCUUGGUAUUGAUGUGUACUGUGUCUCCCCAAUGCGCCCACAAGAUAACAGUUUUGUGACGAAUCCUUGACUCCAUUGUUCUGAAUCUGUUGACAAUGGCUACAAUCUUCUCGUCUCUGGCGAUACUGAGUCGAUGGCUCAAGGUAUUUACCGUGUUGGUGUUCCCCUCAGCAAGCAUGCUGAAGCCAGUCUAGUUGACUGGAUGCCUGUAAACAGUCGCAUGUGUGCAGUUCGACUUCGAACCUUCAUUGAUCUUGGUAA